AUGGCGACCUCCAGGUUGGAGAAAAACUUCUUGCGGCUGUUGGUGAGAUGCGAGUCAAUGGCGGGGGAGAAGAGGGAAGAAAAGGACUGGCGGCUGGAAAAGUAUGUGGGAGCUCUUCAGGAAAUGUUGGUUGAACUGAAGAAGCACCUUAGCAAACCUGCCCCUGAGAUCCUAAAUGAAUAUACCCGCAAGGUGGAAUUCAUGAAGGGGCUUUUGGAGGCUGAGAAACUGCCUAACCCCACAGAGAAAGCUCUGGCCAAUCAGUUCUUAGCACCAGGAAAGACAUCAACAACGGGAAAGGAGAGGCUAUCCGCCACUCAAACGGUCCACCUCCAGAUGAAAGCCAGAUACACGGGGGAAAUGAGAGGUGAACUCCUUGGCCAGCAAACCCUGGCUCCUGAAGGUUCUGAAGUUGCUGAACUGAGAAAACGAAGUGGCCUGGAGGAUGAGAAACAAACAGCCACUGAACUGGACGCUGUCCUCCACCGUCACCACAACAUGCAGGAGCGACUCGCCGAGGAGAUGCUGAGCCUGGCCCGGAACCUGAAGAACAACACUCUGGCAGCACAGAGCGUCAUCAAACAGGACAACCAGACACUGACCCAGUCCCUGCGGAUGGCGGAUCAGAACUUCGAGAAGCUGAAGGUGGAGUCAGAGCGACUGGAGCAACACACUAAGAAAUCAGUCAACUGGCUGCUGUGGCUGAUGCUUGUCGUGGUGUGUUUCACCUUCAUCAGCAUGAUCCUCUUCAUCCGCAUCUUCCCCAAGCUCAGGUGACCCAAGACUUUGCCCAUCCCGACCUCGAGACAACACUGUGUACAGGCAGGACACUGGGGCCAGACAGGAGGAGUCCAGGGGCUGGCUUGAAAUGGCUUCACUCCACUGAAACUUAACCCCCACCAAGCUGGAUUGUAAAUGACCCACAAACAGGUAGAGCUCUGCUCCAGGUGUAAUGGACUGAAGCUGAGGCGUGGGGUAUAGACAGCGAGCACUGCCCCCUGCCCUGAGUUCACCAGAUAUUGGUCACUUCUGUAAGAGGUGGAUUUAGACCUAAAGAUUAACUUGUAAUUAAUUUAAAUAUACUGACAUUUUAUUUACAGGAUACUAGAACUGUUAACUUGGCUUCCUAUUCUGACUGACUACGUUCAAUGAUGGGCUUUUAUGAAUUUGUGCUUCUAACUUUUCAAUGAUACAUUUUCAAAAAUUAUUAAAAAUGAAUAAACCUA